CACCAACAUCACAACCACAACACAAACGAAUAUGACAACCUGAUCAUCAACUAUAUCCAAUGUCUGCGAUAUCAAUCAGCGCGAAUGAAGGGUCAGGACCCAUAUCCGUGCCUGCAGCAAUCAUCAUCGGGUUGAUCACUUCUUUCGUUCAAUCACUUGGUCUAACGAUUCAGAGGAAAUCUCACAUUCAAAAUGCUCAUCUUUCACAACAACAACAAAGGUCAGAAUGGAAAAGGCCAAUGUGGGUUUUCGGAUUUGUGAUUUUCAUCGUUGCUAAUAUUGGAGGUACAGUAUUUCAGAUCGGUGCUCUUCCGAUCGUUAUGCUCGCUCCACUAGGUGCGGUAAGUCUGCUUUACAAUGCACUUCUGGCUCGAUUCAUUUUGGACGACUUUUUCUCAAAGUAUAUGAUCAUCGGAACGGCACUGAUCGCAAUCGGUGCGGUACUGAUCGGCUAUUUUGGCGUUGUACAGGAACCGACACAUUCGCUCGAUGAUCUUCUUUCACUCUUUGCUCGUCCAACAUUUGUUGCGUUCGCCUCAUUAUUCUUUUUGACAUUCAUUGGGGUUCUAGGUGUAGCCCAUUUAGCUGAAUGGCAGCUGCACAUUCGACUAUUCCGACCACAUGAUAUCGAAAAUAAUUCUCGUAAAUCAGCAAAUUCACCAAAGAACAAAAAGAAGAAACCGAUGCCGAGAAGAUGGUCAGCUCCCAGUCUGGCCCCUGUUGCCGAAGUGAGCGAAAGCAGUUCAGGAAUUGCAACCCCAGUCUUGGCAAUCGCUGACGAGGCUGCUCGACGUGGCAUACCGGUCGAAAGGGUAUUGAUGCAAAGGAAUUCAUCAUCGAAAAGUGUUUUAGCAAAUGCAAGCACACCACUACAUGCAACGAGCCCGAGACCAGAUUACGGGUCUACUAGAGCCAGAGGAUCAUCUAUCUCAUCAUCAGCAUCAAGCUUUUCUAGCUUAGAAGAUACAGGAAAGCGCUCAACAUCAGCGGCGGCAUUGGCAGCUGCAGAACAUGAUCCUGCAAUCCGAAAGGUCUGUCUUGGUCUGGCGAUAGCAUACGGAGGCGCGAGUGGAACACUUUCUGGAGCAUGCUUGUUACUUGCAAAGACAGGGGUAGAGCUAUUGGUGUUAACGAUUGGCGGAGUGAAUCAAUUCGAUAGAUGGCAGAGUUGGUUUUUGGUCAUUGUUAUGCUCUCGGCCGCCUUGCUGCAAUUAUGGUAUCUCAAUAAAAGUUUACGAUUGGCUUCGCCUCCUCUGGUUUGCCCAUUGGCUUUCUGCUUCUACAACACUUCUUCAAUCGCUUUGGGUAUGGUAUAUUUUGAUCAGCUGGGUGCAUUGUCUCCGGUCAGUAUCAUACUGGUCAUACUCGGGACUGCCAUCCUUUUGAGCGGUGUUUGGAUGGUCAGUCUGCAUGGCUCAGAAACAGAGGAUGAGAAAGAUGACGAGGAGGAAAGACCGGAAGAUGAGAGCGCAGAGGCUGGCCCUUCAAGCUCAAACAACGCUCCUCAAGAAGGAUCAGAUAACGAAAUACAAACACCGGAGGCUCAUAAAGGAAGGAGAUCAAGUUUAUUCAAGCUGCGAACAGAUGGUGGAGAAAGUGGAAGAUUCAAAUCAUCACUUCUCAGUCCACCAUCGGCAAAGAGGAGAGGACUAUAUGAAGCAUUAUUGGAACGUGGUUUGAGUAUUGGUAUCUCUCCCAGCAGUCCUGGAUUCCAUGUUGGGUCGACGUUUGAAAUGGAUCCGGAGGAUGACGAAGAUGGUAACGAAGCAAGAAGGUUAUGGAAAAAUAGACUUUUAUCAAGAAGAACAUUUUCUGAGAAUGAUACAAGUCUUGCAUCUGCGAGGAAGAAGGGUGGAUUAUCUUCUAAUCUUCGAGAAGGAGAUGGAAUUGAAGAAGAAGAAGGGGAUCGCAAUACGAUACACAGUGUUGCGGAAGAAGAAGGAGUUGAUGAUAGACAAUCUCUAAGCUCAGCAUGGACACGUAUCGUACCAACAUUGGACAUUCAAGCCCUUAAUGAUCGUUUACGCAAAAUAAAAACGGAUGCUGGAGAAUGGAUUGGUAAGAAGAGAUCGUAG